CGCCGCUUAAGUUCCUCUGACUAAAAAGUCCGUCAUCGAAGCCUUAAUGAUUCUGAAACAACAGAAAACUUCAAAGCAGCUGCGCUGGUUUAAUUCAGUCUGAGCUUUUCCUCCUGCCUCGGUAUGCAUGUAAAACCUCGUGUUGUGAAGUGACAAGAAGUUCGGGACAGCAAAACUUUGGACGUGUCCAGUUGACGCCGGGCUGCUUGGGAGUUGAACCAAACUCUUAACGAUGCAUAUGCUGGCGUCAAACGGAUCCAUCAUGGACCUGAACUCCGAGUGGGUGAAAGUUAAAGCUCACUACCGUGGGUUGAUGUUGAUCACUGACUUGGCUGCCACGGUAAGCUUCGUGGAGCUGUGUGAGGAAGUGAGAACAAUGUGCAGUGUUGCUAAGCAACAGCCCAUCACACUCAAGUGGAUCGAUGAUGAAGGAGACCCUUGCACUAUUUCCUCUCAGAUGGAGCUGGAGGAGGCUUUUAGGAUUUACAGCAGAAGCAAGAGAUCUGGACUGCUGCUGCAUGUUUUCCCCAGCGCUCCAGAGCAGCCAGGCAUGCCCUGCCCUGGAGAAGACAAAUCAGUCUACCGCCGCGGGGCCAGAAGAUGGAGGAAGCUCUACCGAGUGAACGGACACCUUUUCCAGGCCAAAAGCUUUAACAGGAAAGCCUACUGUGGCCACUGUAGCGAAAGGAUAUGGGGGCUGGGCGGGCAGGGCUACAAGUGUAUCAGCUGCAAACUGUUGGUCCAUAAGCGCUGUCACAGACUCCUCCCUCAGACCUGCCAAAGGCUUAUGGAUCCAGUCAUGCCAUCACAGGAACCCCCUGCAGACGCCAAGAGAGAGGAGGUGGACGUCCCACCGGAUGACACAGAGGACACAGACGGGAUAUCCUUUCUGCCACACAACUGUGCAGUGGAUUCAAGGGGAGAUGCAGAGACGGAGGACUCUGACCUCAAUCCCCUGCAAGACAUCAAGGCUGUAGUGGAUGGCAUCGACGGCAUUAAGUUGUCCCAAGGCACCACUCUGGGUCUGGGCGACUUCGAGCUGAUCCGGGUAAUUGGGCGAGGUAGCUACGCCAAAGUGCUGCUGGUCCGGCUAAAGAAGAAUGAGCAGGUGUUUGCCAUGAAAGUGGUGAAGAAGGAGCUGGUCCAUGAUGAUGAGGAUAUUGACUGGGUGCAGACAGAGAAGCAUGUGUUUGAGCAGGCGUCUACAAAUCCAUUCUUAGUCGGCCUCCACUCCUGUUUCCAGACAGAAAGUCGGUUAUUUCUGGUGAUCGAAUAUGUGAAUGGUGGGGAUCUGAUGUUUCAUAUGCAACGGCAGCGGAAACUCCCAGAGGAACAUGCCAGAUUUUAUGCUGCUGAAAUCUGCAUCGCUCUGAACUUCCUUCAUGAGAAGGGGAUAAUUUACCGAGAUCUAAAACUUGACAACGUUCUGUUGGACCACGAAGGACACAUCAAGCUUACGGACUAUGGCAUGUGCAAGGAGGGCAUCAGACCAGGGGACACCACCAGCACUUUCUGUGGGACCCCCAACUACAUUGCACCAGAAAUCCUGAGGGGAGAGGACUAUGGCUUCAGUGUAGACUGGUGGGCUCUGGGUGUGCUGAUGUUCGAGAUGAUGGCCGGAAGGUCUCCGUUUGAUAUUAUUACUGACAAUCCUGACAUGAACACAGAGGAAUACCUCUUCCAAGUUAUCCUCGAGAAGCCCAUUCGCAUCCCGAGGUCUCUGUCAGUGAAAGCUGCCAGCGUGCUGAAGGGCUUUCUAAACAAGGAUCCCAAGGAGCGCUUGGGUUGCCAGGUCCAAACAGGCUUCACAGAUAUCAAGUCACACACGUUUUUCCGCAAUAUAGACUGGGACCAGCUGGAAAAGAAGGAGAUGACGGCGCCCUUCAAACCUCAAAUCUCUGAUGAGUACGGCUUGGAAAAUUUUGACACGCAGUUUACCAACGAACCAGUGCAGCUAACACCAGACGACGAGGACGUCAUCAAGAGAAUAGACCAGUCAGAGUUUGAGGGAUUUGAAUACAUCAACCCCCUGCUGCUAUCCACAGAGGAGUCUGUAUGAAGGAGAGAGCAGCUUCCUCUGUCGCCCACCUUCUGUCUGUCCACGCUGCCGUCUUAGCCAAAAAUAAAACCAACACAAGCCAACAGUGGAAGGCAAAGAGGAGGAGGAAGAGGAGGAGGAGGAUGAACUCGCUGCACCGGUCAUGAAGGCGACGCGGGCCGGGGGACAGCAGAGUUUCCUUCCUGGACUUUUGGAUUGUUUUGCUAGCAGACUCUGCUGUCCGUGUGGUUUGUAAGUGGAAAACAAACCGCGGACUCCGGGAACAUUUCCUACCUUCCUGUUCUGCUCUCCUUUUUCUUUUUCUGCUUAUUUCCAUCCUCGAGUCAGAAGCAUGGCCGGCUUUGUCAUUUCAGAGCAGAAGUGUGUCAUUCUGUGCCUGCCGUCAUGGAGACAUUUCAACCCGUCCCAGGAUGAAGACCAGAGUUCAGCUUCAGAUGACUUUAGGCGCACCUGUUCCCUCAUUUCUGGUUUUCCGUCUCGUAGACGAGGCUUCGCCUCGCACCGAGCAAGAAUGUACAACAUAAAGAAUUAGGUUACUGCGUGUUACGAUGUAGGUGACGAAUCCAAAAUUGACGAUGCCUUUUGUCGAUGCGACUGGCACAUUCUCAUUCUCAAGCGCAAAAUGUUCUCUCUCUUUUUUUCUUUUUUAAAAUCUUUUCUGAUUGUCUCUAGCUAAACGUGGGACUCUGUCCGAGAGAGUAGUUUUUAUUUAAAAAGUGCCUCAAAGAUCAAAUGAGUUCGGCCUCUGAUUGCUCCUCCUGGACCUCCUCCGCCCAGCGGCUCCAGCCGAUCAGUCCAGUCCUCUUGUUUUCAGUGUUGAAACCUCUCAGCGAUGAUCGUCUAUCACAGAAUCAGGACACAUGGAGAGCUUGUUGAGUCUUCAACGUCUGAACAGACGCCAUCCACAACGCCCCACUUCCUGCUGGUCCUAACUUCCACAGCGAGGCGCCAUGUGUCUCCAUCUCCAAACCGAGUUUGGCUUUGCUGGAUGUAGUUUCAGUUCAGAGCCUCAGACAGCUGGGCUUUGGAUCCGCAGUGGCCCACAGAACACCAGCAGAAGGUUUCAAGAGAUGAACGGCUGACGGUUUAACCUCGUUGUGUUCGCUGGAUCACAGGUCUCUCUCACCAAACUGGGAAGAAUUAAAUGAACCUAAGCUGUUGCCAGUUCUGAUAGGACGGAGCAGAAGAUGGAUGGGUGGAGCCCGCAGUACUGCAGCUGCCGCUCCGAUCCGUUGUGAUGAAGAAACGCUGAGCCAAAAACCACCAAACCCAGCUCCGCGCUCUGCCCCGACUCUCACCGCUGUUAAGAGAGACGGAUUGUGACCAGAAUCACAAGACACCGGAUCUGAGCUUCCUCUGCAAGCUGGCUGGGUUCUGCCUUACAGGCAACCGGUUCUGUCUCCCGAAUGAGCCGAACUGACCAGAACUGGUUGUGGAAGUAGAAAUGAAACGUCUGGAAGUGUGACAGUGAGGCUGUCAAACUUCCAGACGGGCUCACUGUGUUCAGUUAUAGAGUCUAUAUCCUCCGACUGCGUCUGGACCCGAGCCGAUCCACGAAGCUUAGAACCCGUCGACCCCUGAACAAAGUCAGCAUUCCUGAACAUUGAGACCGUAUUCAUAGAUUCAGCCUCACUCUCCUCUUUGACCUAAACCUUUCACAUUCUUCUAACUCCACUGGCUGUGUGCGGAGUCAGGAGGAAGACAGAAGGGACAACGACGUGGCGUCCUGCUGGACACUAGUGAGAGGAGAUGAUUUGGGAAGGUAAACCAAGGUCCAGCUUGGUUGAAUCAUUUGCAUGAGCCGUCUCUUCAACGUUUGAGUCCUGUGUGAUGUAAAUGCAUCAGUCUGUGCAACAGGCCUUUAGUUUUUUCAUGAAGGUCCUUCUGUCCGAGGCUAACGCUCAGAAGGUUUAAAGCAGGGAUCGCAUCACUGAUCUAGUUGGACGGUGGAAAACUCGCGUCGGUUCUACAGCGAGCCUUCCUCAUGGUCCAAAGCCCAGCCUCCUCCUGCAGCUCAGCAGCGGCGCAGUUUGAAGGCAAACCGGGUUGCAGCUGAUCCACCUACUGCCACUCUCACAGCUGACAUUUCUGCACACAGGAGCUUUGAGCUGGGAUCACAAGAUUGACGAUAUGUCAGAUUUUCAGGUUCAGAUAUUUGUUUCCUUCGCGUUGAAAAUACUUCCUUUGGACAUAAAAAGCACAGACUGCUUUCCUGAGACGGAUAAUGAAUGAUUCUUCUGUUGAAGAAAAACAACUGGGGAUGGCUGAUGCAUCUUGUCCAUUUUUAUACAUGAUUCACCGAGUUGGGGAUUUAAGUUUGAGCUUUUUUUGUUUUUUUUUUUUUUUUUUUUUAACAGAAAACACCCAGGUUCUUCCAUCUUCUUCUCCUGGAGCAGAACGGUUGUGUAAUGAUCUGUGAAUAUCAGCUCUGAGGAUGGAGGUCGAUCUCCUCAGGGGGAAGGGUUUUGGGAGGGGGGAGGGCCUCUCUGUGGGCCGGGAAUAACGAGAUGAACUGUGACCUGUGCUAAUUUGAUAACAACAUAAUAGGAUUAAUUAGCUCACCUUGACUCUGAAUCUUAAUAAUCCGCAGGGUGGGAUCGGAUAGAUAACGAAGUGCUUCGGUCGCCACCAACAUGCUGAUGGAGCUCAGAGGAAGCCUCCCCGAUAAACUCCACCUGUUUGGCUGCAUGUUCUAAACGAUUUUGUUGAGCUUUUUGUACAUCAGAUAACAUGUUUUCUGAGGGACCAAUGGAUGAACUGGAAGUCCUUGAACACUUUAAAGAACGACUGAAACAUGAAUGAAAUGAGGCCACGAUUUUUAUUAAAUAUAAUGCUGGGUCAAUCUGCUUACCGUUGCUUCACCGCGUCCUUGUAAAUAUGUGUAAUUAUUAAAAUGAUACUGGUUUUCCGUGA